UUCCUGUGAAAUAUCCUAGAGCAUAGCUAGUUUUUUUUUUGUUACUACGUUUUGUUUGUUACUAUGUAUAAUUAUGCAAAACGUAUAUAGCCGCAACCUUUUGAACUUUUCGCAGUUUCUAUGGAAGAAUACUAAUUUCAACCGAGACCUGUAGCUCCUUUUGAAACAGUAACGGAACUUAACAGCGUCUGCUUUAUGGUCUCCCAGCUGCGUCUAAUUUUUCUGCGUGUCGGUUUUCACUCGGAGGAAGGCUUUUGGUAUUUGUUGUAAAAAUCGCAGCGCUGUUUACCAUUCGGUUUCUUGGAAAGUAUCUACUGUCCAUUAGAUAUUCAUUCAUGGCCUGCCAUCUUGCCUGAGGCGACUGGCCGGACAGACACCCGACAUCAUGACCGAGAGUUUCUGCAACAUCGAGGAUGAGGCGUUCCCCAGUUUCCUCUCUGACUCUCUGUGCAGUGGCCGUGGCACACUUGGGAAUGUCACCCUGGCCUCCACCCUGGGGAUCCCCGUAGCCGCGUCCACCGUGGCUAAAAUUAGAGUAGGGACAGACAACAGAGUGAAUACCAUCCAGGCUUCGUACCUGGAGGACGGCCGGAUCUCUCUGCUCAAUUCACAGUGUUCUAAUGAGGAGCAGGGGAAUUUUGCCCUCAGCUUCAAAGAUGAUUUGGAUGAUGCUGAUGACUUCAUAGCAGCACACCGGUUUUCAAACAGGCUGGUGAAGGUGAACAUGGAUGAGACUGAGCCUAGGGUUAGAGGCUCCAUCCUGGGUCCAACCACACAACCAGGACCCCUCUCUGGAAGACCAUCUGAAAAUGGAGAUGAUAUAUCUGCAGGUAUGCUGACAUUUACCCACUUAGGAAAGGAGGAAUUUAUGGAUCUAAAGGCCCUGUCCUUACGAAGCAACACUGAGGCGAGUCCAGCCAGUGAUGAAGUGGAUAGCGACCGCUUUUGUGGGAGUGUCUCCAGCUUCCUGGCCAAUGAGAAGCUCAUGUCUAUGGACAGCAUGAAUAGCGAUGUCACAGAUGAGGACAUAGAUGUGGAUGACCUGCAGAAUGGGGAACUGGAUCAGUACUUCAACAAGCUGGUCCCUCCACCAAUGCAGAGGGGACGGGUGGAGGGCCAAGAGAUUCCUGGUGCUGAUCAACCAGCCAACCAAGACUAUUCAUCCGAACCAAGUUCAACGGAACCAGAGAGGAACAGAUACCAGUUCCUGGAUGACUUCGAUCCGGAGGAUUUCCAGAUGCUUGACGUGCGUCUGGCAGCCACAGGGAUGGACUCGUGUCCUGCUAGUGAUGAAGAGGAUACCGAAGACGAGCUGGAGUCAGUGAGGAGACACACCACCUCCGCCAGGCACAGAUUGAUGCUACCCAGUACCUCCAGACAGCUGGUGGGAGAGAGCCACCGCCCCAGCUUCCGACCUGGUCUGGAGGGAGGCAGCUCUGACGAUGAGCCUUACUCCGCUCGAAACCUCCCGGCGACGGGCAUUGAACACAGGCGCUCUGCGGAGGGCCAGGUCAUCAACUCUGUAGCAGGUGAUGGAGGAGGCGGGGACGGCAGCAGUGGGAGUGAGGAAGGAGGGAAUGAUGGAGGAGUCUCUACUCUUCCUCUUCCCUCUUCCUCCUCAUCUGUCCAGACCACCUAUGACGUGUUGCGCGGGCUGGGUAUCGUUGGGGGAGAAGAAGCCCAAGACCCACACUCUGCUCCAGGCUUGGGGAUGUCCCGGGGCAGCCUGAUGGGGGACCGCGUGGGGCCGGUGGGAACAGGGGAAAACGUCUCUGGGGCCCAGAGGAUGUCUCCUGUCAACUGGAGUAUGUCCUUAGACCGACAGGAGGCACUGGAUGCCAUGGACAGUACGGACUCGGUGGAUGUAGCGGAGGGGCAGGGGGUGUUGGAUUCGAUGUACCUGAGGACCGGUGCUGGACACUGGACCUCUACAACGGCCAACCUCCAGACUACGCAGAGCAGCUUCCAAAUCUCCCAGGCGCUCUCCCCCCAUAGUGAUGACGAGGAAAGAGGAAGGCCUGCUCUGGGGUUGAGAGGAGGUCCCUGUGGGGACUCGUCUGCGCCGCCUCCUCCUCCUCCUGGCCUGUCAGAUGGAAGUCAGGGUGAAGAGGAUCCUCUCUCCACCUCCCUGGAGGCUAAGUACCUCUCCCAGACAGUCCAACAGGAGGACUCCUCCCCCUCAGACAGUGACUGGAACCACUGCCCCGACAAUCUGGAGCUGGAGUUCCAACAGGGCUCCGCCCACAGUGUGGUCUACCAGAACGAGGAGGGGAAGUGGGUGACAGACUUGGCCUACUACUCCUCGUUUGAGAAGGAGGUGGACGGGGUCAAACUUCCGGAUGAGAUUGCAGACCAAUUCCAGGCUGAGGAAUUCGUUCCAGCCACUAAUGCCAUAGAGAAGAUUAUUGAGGAUCAGGAGGUGUUUGAGAAGGAGCACCAGUUUAUGCAGGAGGAGGUGAUGGAGCCUGCCUCUGGCAGCCCAGGCCUCCUAGCGGACACCUCCUGGAGGCUCCCGGCCAGCAGCCAUGUCCUUAUGAGGGCCAGCCAGGUGUCCCAGGAGUUCGACCAGGGGAACCAGAGCUAUCUCCGUCUGUCUCUGGGGACCUUCUUCCAGCAGCGUUCCGAGGCCCUCGGCAGCCUGGGGGCCAACAGGGAGGACGACAUGGUGAAGCGGCCAUCCUUUGGUUAUGUCAUAACCUCUCCAGAGAAGAGAGACCCGUUCCCUCUGAUCAGACCGUCAGACUUCCCCUCACAGGAGAGCUCUGUCCACAAUGACACCCUCACGCAUACGGAUGCAGACCAAACCAUGAACGCAGAAGAUCUGGACAAGACUCUGGAGGCUGCUACAGAUAGGGUCUCGCCAAAGGGAGGUGAUACUCCGGAGCCCUGUGGUUCAGACGCUGGGAAGCAGGACCCGCCUGUUGACACUCCCCUCCCUGAAGUGGCGUCCCCCAGUGUGACCCAGCCCUCGGCCACUCCUGGCAGUUUGGACACCAGCCCCACCUACAGCACGGACCAGCCCGACCUCAUGCUGUCCAUUAGCACCAUCGCCUCUGCCAUCGCGGACGCCUCGAUCUCCUCCGACCCCUCCCAGCUGGCAGCGAUGAUCAUGGAGCUGUCCAAGAGGAGCCGGCUGAAGAACCGCAGACAGACCGGUGUACCGGGCCAAUCCACAGCCGGAGGGCAGGAGGAGCCAGCUCACAGCCCAACCCAGGUCCAACUGGACCAGAACACCUUGUUGGAGAGCCUCCAGAGGAGCUGUUGUGCCGGGGACCUGAGUGCCUUCGACAUUGAGAAAUACCUGAAGCAGAUGGAGGUGUCCACCAGCAGUGACAGCGACCAGUCUGGGUCCCCCCACUAUACAUUUGACCUCCACAGCUUAGUUGACAGCCUGAGCUUCUCCCACAGGAAGUCCUUGUCCACAACACUUCCUGUGGAGAACGGCAGCUUGGGCUAUAACAAAGACCAACCUCCGGCUAUAAAGCAGCCCUCUAGUGCCAAGGGAGAUGACUCUUCUGUAGAGGGCAAGUUGGGUAUGGCACUGGGCAACCCUGCUGCUGAUUGCCAUCGAUGCCCGGGGCAGACCGGCGCGCCAGCAUGCCCGGCUAACAAGGCAGAGGUGAGGCGGAGUUCUAUCCCCCGCCCCAGGGCCGGCUCUAUCCCCUCAGCUUCCGGUAACCUGGGCAGGAGGUCCGUCGGUUCGGGUCAGUCCUCCGCAGCCAAGUUGGCCCCUGUAGGGAAGGGUGCCGGGGGAGCGAGCGGGAACGGCACCGGGACUAACGGGCCCAAGGUGGGCGCAGUCCGUCCCUCACCCAACCCCAGCCCGGCAUUAGGAGGCUCCUCACGGAGGGACCCUGCCUCUGCCCCAGGCCCCAAAACCUCCCCCAGCCCAAGGAAGGGGGUUUCGGGCCUGCCGGCCCUCCGGGGCCCUACUCCGCCCUCCCAGAGAGCCAAGAGCACAGGCUGCAACACUAACACAAGCAGAACGACCCAGCAAGACAAAGCCAGUCCCCCGGAGAAGAAGUGCCUUGGAUCAGCUCCUCGCGGCACCGUGGAGAAACAUGUUGUGUUCACCUCAGCCUGUCACAGUCCUCUGCCGGCCACGGCACACAGGACCUACGAUGCGUUUCCAGGCACUCCUGUGCAGCACACUGGACAAGACCAGACCCAGAUGACCUUCAGACCCUCCACCUCUCCCCUCACACACUCCUCUCCCUCACAGACCUCCUUCCCCAGCCAAGACGGGACUGCGGCGUCUCCCUCCUCCAGGAUGGCGGCGUCUCCCACCUCCAGUGGGGGCGUGGGGGCUACCGCCCCCAAUGGGCUCUCCCCUCCGUGCUCCCGGUUUCACUCAGAGUCCGGUUGCUCCAGUCCCAGCCUCAGCAGACUGACCUACGUCUCCCUGAACGAUUGCAGUGCCUUCGACAGUACCGGCAUCCCCACGCCGGACAGACACAAGAGUAACGCUACGUUGGGUCUGAGUACCACCAUCAUCAGAGCCAGUCCCACGCCUCCCGUUGACCAGGGUGACGGCCAGCACCAGACAGGCCGGGAUCUGCCCCACAAACCCUCCGGGGACACCCUCUGCCCACCUAUUGGCCUGUCCUCUCCUCACCAUCGUCCUCAGAGCCCGGAGCCCCACCGCUCCAACGCUAACAGUCAGCCAACAGACGGGCCCGGCGGUCUGGGCUGUGUCCGUAGCCAGAGCGAGUGUGACUUCCACUGCGGGGGCAACCGAGACCACAGCCAGCGGAAACGCCAGUCUGAGCCCGGCUCGCACCGCCUCGCCAGCGUGGACUCUGGCUAUUUCAGCAAUCUGAACAUCCAGCAGCCCGGCGCUGUCGGCUCCCGGGGAAACCAGCCGUGGUCCGGAGUGUCCGAAGUCCACGCUGGUGCAGGAACAGGCUUCGGUCUGCCGCCGUCCUACUCCUCAGAGGACAUGCGCUACGUGCCCAUCUCCAGCUUCAGGCCCCAGGGCCCUGUCGGGGAGCUUCCCUCGGGGGUGCCCGCCCUCCUCACGGGGAACUCCCUCUUCAGCUCCCAGCUGGCGCAGCAGUACCUUGGCCCGGACAGGCCUCUACACUCUGGUCCCCCUCUGCCGUACGGCCCCUGUCGCCACAUGGCAGCAGCUGGGAACGGCUUGUACGGGCACACUGUGCCGUCAGGGUCGGGACCCAACACCGACCUGGCUCUCAGGCACCUCAACAGCGCUGGAGGUCUGGGUCAGUGUGCCCCUGGAGGGCAUGGAGGUCUGUACCAAGGCCAGUUCCACCAAAACCCAGGCCCGCUCUAUCAGAACCAAGGGCUGCUCCAGGGUUCCAACCUCCAACAGAAUACCUUGGACCCCGGGUAUCGCUCCCAGACUCCCCUGGAACCUGGCCUAAUGGGAGGGAAACCGUACACCCAGCCCAGUAUGGGGUCGUGGGCUAACAGUGACCUCCCUGAUCUCCGAGCCCAGGUAGUUGUGCCAGAUGAGAUCAGGUUCCCUCAUGCGUGCUGUGUGGGCAUUGCCUCCCAGACGUCCCUGGGAAUCUUCAACCCGUCGGAGCGCUGGCAGCAGGUCUCCAUCAGUGUCAGCAGCCUGGCCAUCGAUGGAGAGCGGGUUGAGUCGUUUCCGUACCAGUGGCUGAUCGUGAAAAACAAGACCAUCAUUGGCCCCAAGAGCACCGAGGAGCAGAAAGUGCUGUUCAUUCCUCCCCAGGCCGGCGUGUACCAGGCUGUCCUCAGUGUUUCCUCUUGGCCAGCCUCUGCUGAGGCAGAGGUCGUGGCCCGUGCUGAGUUGUUCGCCAAAAGGGUGGUUCUGGUCGCCGUGGCCGAGAGCCCGGCCCUCGAGGUCGACGCAGGAACGUGUGGUUCUCUGGACUUCGGAGACCUGGUGGGAGGCAGUGCCAAAGCCCUCCCCCUGAAGGUCCUCAACCGGACUCACGCUACCCUGCCCAUCAGACUGGUCAUCAGCGCUAACGCAAUGGCCUGGCGCUGCUUCACCUUCUCCAAGAGCCCCGUUGCCCAGACAGCUGAGGGCUUGCUACAUGCGGGGACUGUGACAUCACUGGCCGCCCCCUCUGUCAUGAACCAUGUGAUGCACGCAAGCUAUGGAGAGAAUCCAGAUAGCUUCAUGGUUUGGGUUCACUUCCAUGCUCCGCAGAAAUACCAGUCCUCUUCAGGAGACCUGGGUCCGGCUGAGGAGUACAGUGCUCGUGUGGAUAUUGAGGUGGACUGUCCUGGACCCAGUCACGUGAUCAGCAGUGUUCCCCUCAGAGCCAGGUCCGGAACAGCCAGAGUUCACGCCCCCAAAGACCUACAGACUGUGAGCCUCUCGGCACCUCUUGGCAAGUCCAACACGUUGACUCUGCCUCUGAAGAACGCAGGAAACAUUGCUGUUCAGCUGAAACUUAAGAGCAGCAGCAACGAUGACAGUUUCAGUGUGAGACCUGAGGAGCUGAGUCUGGCUGCUGGGGAGGAGCGAGGCAUUGUGGUCUUGUUCACAGCUCAGGGCAGUAGGAAGAACAGGGAAAGUGUGUUGACAAUCCUGGUUCAGCCGUCUGGACCCCAGUAUGAGGUGGUGCUGAGGGGAGAGGUCCUAACGGAGGACGGGGGUAAACCUGAUCCCCCUGGUCCAGCCUCUGUCCUGGGCAUGUUGCCCCACAGCGAGGUGCCCCCCAUCCUCUCCAACAAGCAGUUCAUGGCCUGGGGAGGGGUCACGCUGGGCGGGGCCGUGCAACAGAAGCUGGUUCUUCGCAAUAACUCGCCCAACACAACGCAUCAACUGCGCCUGCUGAUCCGAGGACAAGAUCAGAACUGUUUCCAGCUUCAGAGUUGUUUCGGGUCAGAGCAGCGUCUGGCCCGUCACAGAGAGCUGUCCAUCAGGCCCAAGGAGGAUGUCACUGUUCACCUCCUCUUCGCUCCCACUAGGGUGGCCUGUACGCUGGCCAAGCUGGAGAUCAAGCAGUCGGGAGUGCGGCCCUCCCAGCCUGGCAUCAAGUUCACUAUCCCCCUGUCAGGUUACGGAGGCACCAGCAACGUAGUCCUGGAGGACCAGAGGAAGCGGUCCGACGGCUACGUGGCCACGCUAGCGGGCAUUUCGGCGGGCCGCGUGUCCAAGCUCUGCGUGUGCGUCAGAAACACGGGGUCCCGGGCGGCCUUCAUCAAAGCUGUGGCGUACUCUGACCUGAUGACACGGGCCGUCAUGGACUCCUCCGUCAUCAGCCUUUCUCCCUCCCAGUUCGUCCUGAAGGAAAGGACCCAGGAGGUGAUCACGGUGCUGGUGAAGGUGUCCCAGAGAGAGGAGACUCUGUGCCGGUCAGCUGACGCCAUACUGGCCACCGUCUGUCUCUUCUGCGGCGAUGAGGUCUCCCGGCAACAAUUCAGGAAGUGGCUGCAGUCCAAACCCGAGGCAGGCAGGAAGGUUCUGUCUGAGAACAGCCUUUUGAAAGGACUCGACUUUAAUGAGACGUUCCUGGGAGAGGAACUGGUCCUGGAGGCAUACGACCUUCCCCAGAGCCCCAACCAGGCCCUGUUGUUCUAUGGCAGCCUGAGUAAGGUGGUGUUGUCGGUGCUGGGCAGCACAGAGGCGUCUGACUCUGGGGAAAGGGACCCCCUGGCAGUAACCAGGAGAGGCUCGGAGGCUGACAGUGGUUUCGGGACCUCCGACCGCCACAUCAGCAAUGUGUCUCUGGAUGUGCUGCCGGUGAAAGGACCACAGGGCCCAGUGUUACCCAGGACCUCAGGACCUCAAGUGGGGACAGGAACCAGGGACAACAGCGAUACUUGGACCCUCCAGCCUGAACAUGUGGUCCUCAUGGCUCCCUCGAUCAGCGGUGCAUCCAACACCAGACACGUCCAGAUCCAGAACACCACAUCCAGAGAGCUGAGCUUUGAGUUGUCCUGGCCGGCCCACUGUCUGACCGUCACGCCCCAGCACGGACUCAUCGAGCCAGAGUGCCACCUCCAGAUCCUUAUCAGUCCGAAUCCUUCCCUGGCAGCCAGACCCUCCAUGCUGCCGUGGAGCGGGCAGAUCUAUGUGCAGUGUGACGGCCAACAGAAGUUCAUCAAAGUCCAGAUCCGUCAGGACCUGACCUUGGAUGUGUCCGCCGCCCCGGCAGACCGCUCUCUGGCUCCCCUGCCGGCCCAGGCCGCCACCCCUGUGAUGCCCCCCGCGGCCCGCGCCUCCCAACACCAGGCCAGGCCCGGUCCGGCCCAGGUGGAGAUCAGCAACCGCACUGUUGUGUUUCCCGCCACGCCCUCGGGAGAUUCCUCGGAGUCUUUUUUGGAGGUGGAGAAUGGGCCGGAGGAGGUGAGGUGGUACCUGUCUUCCUUCGCGCCUCCCUAUGUGAAGGGUGUGGACAGCAGUGGGCAUGUCUACCGAGCUACCUACACCGCUUUCAGAUGCUCCCGAGUCUCUGGCACUCUGGGGGCACACGAGAAGAUGCAGGUGCCCGUAACUUUCCUGCCCAGAGACAGAGGGGAUUAUGCUCAGUUCUGGGAUCUGGAGUGCCACCCGGUGGUUGAGCCACAGAACAAGAACCGGAUACGCUUCCAGCUCUGUGGCGUGGGUGUGAAGGCUGGUCCAGUAGAGGCUCAUCAAGAAGGAGAUUGUUCCCUGGUGAAAACGGAAGCUAUUGUGAGGACCAGAAAAGGUCCGGAGAUGACCGCUGCUGCUUCCAGGGGCGAGACUUGUUUAGAGGAGGCCGUUCGUAGGGGCGUGUACACCCCCCAGGACGCCUACACCUUUCCCCCCACCCGUGUGAGAGAGACCAGCACGCUCAAGGUCAACGUGAGAAACAACUCUUUCGAGACACACGAGCUGAUGUUCCUAACACCUAGAGAGCCCUUCCACAUCAAGCAUUCCAAAUAUUCACUAAGAUCCCAGCGCUACAUUCACCUGCCGGUCCAGUUCAAGCCAGCGAUACCUGGCAGCCACUCCAGCCUGCUGCUGGUCCAGACUGGUACCAGCGGAAGCCUUACCAUCCAGCUGACUGGUGAGGCUCUGCCCUGACCACUCUCUGGGCUGUGCCUGUGUCCGUCUGUGAUGCUGGGGUACUGCUGAUGAGGGAACGCCCCCCUGGAACGUUGGUCAAAAUGGCACCCUAAUGCCUGCGUAGUGUACUAGGGUUGACAGUCGUCUUCCUCCUGUCUCAUUUAACAUCCGUCCAACCUGGCGGAGGGUCCGACUGUGCUGAUACCGGCCGACUGUUGGUGCCUUGUCCUGGGACCACAGGUGGCCUGACCGGCGAACAAUGGAGCCAUUUGUCCCUCCGAGGUUCAGCCAGGCUGGCUCCUCUGACCUCCGUUCACGCUGCUCCCCUGAGCUCCCUCACUUGACUCUGUCUGCCUGCCCAACCUGGUUGUUUCACAAGCAGCCCAUUGUUGUCUUGUAAUUCAGCAGCGUGGAGACAAACAGCUGAGACAUGUUAGGGAUUACCCUGGUGUGUGUGUGUGUGUGUGCGUGUGUGUGUGUCAUCAAAUGGUUUUAUUGCCUUAAACACAACUUAGCCCUUCCAUUGCUUGAAAUUGGGUUUAGAAAAUAACGGUCUAGACUAUGUCCUGUAAUAAUCCUGUAAAAUACUCUUGUGGUCCAAUUGCGUUGUCGCCAGAGAGCCAGGCUGUCUGUGCCAACAUCCCGUCUCAUUGUCAUGCCCAAUGUUGACCAAAUGGAGUUGGCGAGAAGGCAGAUGUGGGAGAAAUCUACAUGCUGUUAUUCGGGAUUGCUUUCAUGGUGACAGCUGAUCAAGACAUUACCCACCUGGACGGCAGCCUCCAGUCAGGUAACAGAGCCCCUUGUUACCAUCCUGGUCCCGGGCAAGUGUCCCGGCGACCCAUUGGGCCAGAGGCUGACAUGUCAUUGGUCCAGAUGCAUAGAGUAGUGAUGGCGAUUAAACCCUCAGCAUGGCGAUGUGGUUACCACUGUGAGGUUUAGGAGUGUGUGGGUAGUAAUUCUGGACUCUUUGCAGAGGUGCCCAUGUCCCAAAUGGCACCUCAUUCCCUACACAGUGCACUACAGGACAUGAAGUGAUGAUAUGGUUGCAGACAUUACCGUGCCAGCGGGUUGAUGUGGUCUGUUGGCAUGGAGAUGGCCGCUGAGAAAAACGUUUACUGAUGUAUUUCCAGUGUAUUAUUUAAAAAGUUGUGGCACAGCUAAUUCUGUCACAGGGCUUUAAAUUCACCCCCCCCCCCAUUAGAAAUUGCACAUGCAUAUUGUGCAAUGUCAUAUUGCACAAAAGCAUAUUGUUUAUAUUGUAUCUAAUGUAAUGUUUUAAAAAUGAUAUUUUCUAAAUAAAGGUUUGUACAAACGUU